AAGUCACGGACACGUUGUGUGGGUCAUUGUCACCAUGGCGACGAAACGCGAUCGCAAGACGGCCUUCCCCUUCAUCAAACCCAAGGGCAGCAUCAAGAAAGAUGUCCAGCAGUACAGGAAAGCGGUGAUGAGCCAAAAUGGCGACGACGCCGAAGUCAGAGACGCCAUGAUCAAUCCGGUCCAGCGGAGGGAAUCGUCGGCUUCCAGAUUUCUCAAACACUUCCGGCCGGACCGCAACAAUCCGGCGUAUCACAGCGAAGGGAAAGGAUUGCGGAAGAGGCGCAACUGGACGUCGGAGCGCCAGUUGACGACCAACGGCGACAAUCCGGCCGUCGGAUCGACUCCGUCGGCCAACGAUCCGGCCACAGGUCAGCAAAAGCCAGCGGCCAAUGCCAACGCGCCGCAAAGGAGUCACAGUUUCAGCGAACCGGAUGCAUCCGGCGUAGUGGCCGCAGCAGCCCGCACCGCUUUCAAAGAAGCUUCCGGCAUGCGGGAAUCGUUCCGCUGGCGUUUCAGCAGCAAAUCGUCGAAAGCAUCUUCAUCGUCGUCCGAAGUAUCGUCAAAAGGUGGCGACACUUGCAAGUCUCUAAACGCCGAAACGUCGCAGACGACGUUAACGCGAACUACAGCAACGCCAUCUAGCGGUGGCCAAGACAAUCAUUCAUCGGAAACGACGUCUCCGUGCAACAGCAACCCGCCGGCGGCAGUUAACAAUUGGAGCCAACUCCACCACCUCCCUGGCGGCCAUUUCAAUAACAAAAGCCCUUCCAAGAAACCACCAUCGACUACAACAAUGCACGAUUCAAGCAGCAGCACGGUCGUCGAUGGCCGUACGUCUGGCGUUCACGUCCAGUUGCAGCAAGAGUAUCUGGCCGGCCAUCAGGCGAGCAGCCCGUCUGAGCCGAUCUACAGUAACGGCAAGGCGCAGCCAACGACGGCCGUUGCCAGUCGAGUGAGUUAUUACGCGUCGCCGGGAGGUGGUGCCGAUGCCGAUUACGUCAACUAUGAAAUGUUUGCGUCGCAUCAGUUUAGCGGCAGUUGGUCGGGCCAUCAAAAACAGCUGGAACCGGACCUCAUCCGCAAUUUGCCCUACCAGCAACAACAGUGCGCGUCGACGGUAGCGACUCCCGUCCAUUCAAACGGCCCAUCGAAACAACACGGCAACAACGCGCCUUUCAUCGCCAACCAGUCGCCUCAUCGCCAUAGCAACCGCGUUCAUCCCGCCAGCAGCGGAUCGACGGAAGUGCAGCAGCAGGGAUUGCGCUGCAAGGAUUCGCCGUAUCCAGCUGGAUUGACACCUGGACGCGUGGGAUGCAGAGAUGCCCAGCCGGCGGAUCGAUCGCUCUACUCUCCAGUUUCGCCGACCAAUAGCUACGUCAACAUGCAACACUUUCCGGCCGCUUCCGGUACCAGCACUAGCAACAACACUAGCCCCGGUUACGUGCCUUACUCGAGGCCUCCGGCUCCGUUGCCCGAGGCGGCCAUGUUGGUAGAAGACCAACAACAACAACAACAUUACCCCGUCAGUCCGAUGCAGAGCUUGUCCAUGUCUUCGCCUUCGUGGCAAUGGCCCGACACUAGCGCCACGAGUUCGGCCGCAGCCCAGGCGCAAGCAGACGAUGAGGAGACUCACUACGCCUCGCAGCUGCGCUCCUCCAUGGCCGCCCUCUUGCACGGACACAUCCGCCAAUCGUCGACGGCCUCCAACGCCUCGUCCACCUUCUCGUCCUACUCGGACGAAUUCCGCUCGCCCACCGAACCGUCUGCUUCGGUUGCAACGCUGGGCAUUCCGUCCGCGGCGGCCAUCAAUCGUUACGCUCCGAGUAGCGGUCCAGCCUGCGAGUCCGGUUACGAGACGUACGCGGACGUGGGCGGAUGUUACGGCAGUUAUAACAGCAACGCGACGGCCGGCCAUCCGUCGAGUUCGCCGCCUCCUCCGCUGCCGCCAGUACGUGACGCUUCUAGUUUGAAGUACGUCAAGUACGGGCCGGGCCACGAGAAGCAUCCGUCGUGGCCGAUGCCCAACAACAGUGGCAUGGCGGCCAAUCAUCCACAACAAGCCGGCCCGCAACAGGCCGGUAGUCAGCGGAGUAAAUCGUGGACGGAACAGACGGACUACCCCAAAGAGCCGGCCGCUUCUUACGCCCGUCCGGUGCCAUCCGUCCGUCCGGCCUACAGCCAACAGCUGAAAACGGUCAUGGAGAACUGCGAGCGCAUCCCGCCCGAAGUUUAUCAGGCGACGGCGGCCGGAAGCGAUCACCACAUGAUGGACCCCAGGGCCGGCUACAUCCUGCCGUCGUACGACUGCGACGGGCGCAACAUCGACGACAAGGACUACACGAUCCCGUCGCCGCCCGAGCGCGACAUCAGCGGCCCUCGGUUGACGCUGUACAACGCGGCCAACGCCAGCGGGGCAGGUGGGGUGACGGAUAGACCCGGGUCGACGUCGGACGGGUCGGGAGCGGGUGAUUACGCCAAAUACGACGACAUCCAGCAGUACUCGCACUCUGAAGGCUAUUCCAGCUACGUCCCGUCCGAGUCGAGCUACGUCAGCGUCAGUGGGACGCCGUUGCUGGACCAGCUGCGGCGUUGCGAUAGUGACGAUCGCAGCCACGAGAGCGCAGGAGGAGCUGGAGCUCAGAUAGGUGCGUUCAAAGAGGCCCAGCAGAGCGGCGGACGGGAUUCCGUUUCGACUGUCGUCACUCACAGCAGUUCCAACAGCUCGAACGAGACCCUCCGCUGGCACGGAUCGUAUAGCGACAUCAGCGUCCUCAGCUCGGCCGGAGGCCGGCACCAUCAGAGCGAAGCGGCCGCAGCGGCCGCCCUUGUGGUCCACAGUGCCAAGGUCCAGGCGCCGCAGAGACAUAAUUCCGAGAGUGUCCUCUAUUACGAGCAGACGGCCGCGGCCGCCGUCGCCGGAUCAGCCACUCCGGUGGCGUGUCCGCCAACGUUGGCCAAAACCAUCAACCGGAUGGGCGGGUGGAGUCAGAGAGUCGAGCGCAAGAACCAGUGGAACGCUGUGCAAUCGGGUUGUAAACAAACGUCGGCCGCCCUGCCGGAAGAAUCUUCCGUUUCGUCCACGUGCCUCUCGUCCGCGCCGGACGCAAUGUCGGCCCCGCUCUCGGUGGCCGAGAGGAUCCAUCAGCUGGAAUGGCAGUCUCGUUCCGUGCCCAAUCUAUCCAAAGGAUUGGAUUCCCCGCAACGCCUCACCUGCCAUUCCGGGGCGACAGCGAGUGGUGGGGCGCCAACCCGCCCCACGGGUCUUGCGCUGUUAACCAAUAGCUGCGACCCGCUUUCUCCAUCUACCGGAGGCAGUCGGAGUAGUAGCAGCAGCACGAGUUCGAGUUCAAGUUCGAGUAGUUGUAGUGCCGUCGGCGUUGCGUCGCCCGAGAAGGACGCGAGUGAUCCGUUGCGCAAGUUCACUUACCUCGAUCCGGAUAAGCGGAUGCGUGUGGCCGAUCCGACGUUGAAAGCCAUUCAAAAACAGGCGCUCUUGUCCUAUUACGAACGACACGCCGGCCGUUCCAGCAACGCAUCCAAGUCUCCACCGCCGCCAGCUCUGCCCAGGACCAUGGCCUCCGCUUCCGUUUCGCCAACACAUCCGGCCAAGAAUGACGUGCAACCAGCUGGGAGCGUCAACAAUUCUCCAAACUCGUCUGAACUUGUUGGUUCGAAUGCGGCGUUGGUGGCGGUUGAAUCCGGUGGUUUGCUGCCUCCGGCUGCAUCCAGGAAGAGUCACCUAAACGAAGUGGUUGUUGUACCGAACAACAACAACAACAACAAUCGUCCCGAAAGGGGAUUGAUCCCGCCGGAACGGCCACCCAAAAAACCUCAUUUGAGGGCCGGCGGGAGCACGGGCGGCAUCAGUCCCGAUCAGGAGAUGCGCCGCAUUGAAGCCUCUGUUCAAGAACUGAUGACCUUAAAUCAACAACAACAACAACAACAGCCAAGACAAGUUGUUCCACCACCUCCACUUCCGACCACCAGGAAACCCCCGGCUCCUGAUCCGCCCAUGUCCCCGCCUCAGAGGCCGUCCGGUCCCGCCGUCAGUCCUGUGGCAGACAUCCCAUCGGCGCGGAGCGCCAGUCCCGACCUACCGCCGCCUCCUCCUCCGCCGGCCAUGGAACGUGCCGAUGAGGAAGUGGCCGACUGUGAAGAUCCGCUACCUCCGCCUCCACCUCCGCACGUUGUUUUGCUGGACGAGCGUCCGUCUACGACGGAGACGUCGUUCGAUGAAGCAUCACCUACACCGACGGCUCUCCUUGCCGUGCCCCAGUUGCCUACGCCCACCAUGUAUCAUCACGAGUCUUACAUGGCCCACCGGAAGAGCCACCACAGCCCCAACGGCGGAUAUCACAGACGAUCGGCCGACAAUCUCCUGGAAUCCUCCAUGACCUCACACGCUUGGGAGAAGCAUUACAAUGUCCGGCAAGGAAGUUCGGCCGCCACGACGUUGAUUUUCUCGUCGGCGGAAGCCCUUCACAUCCAGCCGGCCGAAAGUUCGGUUCAAGAGUCGAGUAAAUCGACUUCUGCGAGUCCGCCCGUCGAGUCGAAAUCGACGUACAUAUCGGAGCUGACGAUCCAGACGUCGGCCGUGCCGCAGACGGAGACGCUUUCAGUUGCCCAGCAACCGGACGCUCGUCCCACCACGCCGCAGCACACGUACCGCUCGUUGAUGAACGCCAAAGCCGAGCGCUUCAAUUACCUGCGUCAGGUGAGCGAAGGCCGGCCACAUGCAUCAACGUCCACGUCGUCGACGGGCAAUUCGAAAUUGUCCGACCCGGGUCCGCCCAAGUCGCUAAUGGAUUUGAACCUGUCGCGAGCGGCCGCCGGAGUCCACCAAAGGAGCCAUUCGGAUAGUGAUAGCCCGUCGUCGGCAUCGGCCUCGAUCCAGCCGCCCAAGCCUCCAGUGCCUCCCAAAGUGGCUCCUCCUCCGCGACCCAAGCGCCCGGAAGAGGUGGAAUGCGAUCAGCUGAGCAAAGAUCUUAUCAAUCACCUACUCCCAUCCGAUUCGCGGCUCCACGCUUUGCUCAGCGUCCCCGAUCCGGCCCAAGCGGCCGCCUGUCUCCGCACCGAAGGACUAUUGGAAGUGACUCCGCCCGCCGCUUCGCCCGUCUCCCUUCAAGUCACUCCCACUCCAGCCACGACUCCAACUUCUCCCAAUCAUUCAUCCGCCGCCUCGCCGCAGCCUCCGCUGACGUCACAGACGACCUCAUCCACCUCACCAAAAUCCAACAGUUGUGCGCCUUUGCCGGCCACCUCGGCCUAUUUCACGACGUCGGAACCGAGGGCGAAAUUGCUAACGCGUUACCAUAGCAACCACAUUUUAAACGGCCUCGAUGGCAACGCAUCCGCCGCUGGAAUGCAGUGCGGGAGAAAUGGAGAACCCGUCGAUUCCGAGUUGCUCAUCAAGAAAAAGGAGGAGCUAGUGUCCCGUUUGGCUCGCAAGCUGGAUGUACUCCGAUCGGAGCGCGAGGCCAUCCAGGAGGAGGUGGAAGCCAACGAAUUACUGGGACGGUCGGUGACGAGCCGAGUGGCUUGUGUCGCCACGCCGGCCGAGACCAACAAGGUCUUCUUGCACGUCGCUGAAGUGGACAAGAUCACGGCCUUACUCUUGGCACUAGCCGGGCGGUUGGCCCGAGCCCAAAACGCCCUCCUUUCGUUGCCCAAUGAAAUUGAAGCCCAAGAAAAGAUGGUGCUGGAGGGCAAACGAGAUAAAUUGCUGGAGCAGCUGGAAGAGGCUAAACGGCUCAAGGAGAAUAUCGAUCGGCGAUCGCGUCAAGUGUCGGGUCUCCUCUCGAAAUACUUGACUGAAGAAGAGUUUGCCGACUACAGCCACUUUGUGACGAUGAAAGCCAAACUGGUUAUCGACCAACGUGAAAUCGACGAGAAGAUCAAGCUGGGCGACGAGCAGCUGGUCGCUCUCAGAGAAACGCUCCACCUUCGACCCAGAGUCUAAAGAGGU